AUGUAUAGAAGCAUUUGGCCGCUGAAGCACUACCAUCCAUAUCCUUUGCAGCCCUCAUCAUUGGCUCGAACAAGUUACCGAGGUUUCGACAAACUGCGAAGUGACUCGCUCAAGCUAUCCGGAAAGCGCACAGCUUCCGUCUUGAUUACAGCCCCUCACCAUCAUCUUUCGCAGGCCAUUUCUUUGCCACAUCCACGAACCGAGUCGCGCUGUGAAACCGUCCGCGUCGACUGUCACAGUACUAGUAUGGCCAGCGACGAAGAUUACAUGGCGUUUCUCGACAAAGCGAAUCAGGAUCUCGACGACGGAAACGCUUACGCAGCAAAGCAAAGUGCUCAGAAGAAGACGGCUUUCAAAACCAUGGACGAAGGAUCGCAAGCUCCCAAAGUCAUUCGAGAUGCGUGCCAGGAUGCGGUGUAUGUGACUGAUGCGGAUGAACCGUUUGAAGAGGUUUCGCUGAAGUGGAGCGGCGAUGGGUUACCAGAUGAGAGUACGUUUCGAUCUCAUCGCUUUUGUCUUGUUCUCGCUUAG